AUGGGGAUGGCCAAGCUGCGAGUGCUGUGCGCCGCCGUGGCACUGCUGUGCUCGGCAUCGCCGGGGCAUGCCGGCGCCGUGCUGCCCGCGGGCGAGGGGGACGGGUACGGGGUGAAGCUGUGCGGCCGCGAGUUCAUCCGCGCCGUCAUCUUCACCUGCGGCGGGUCCCGCUGGAAGCGGCUCUCCCUGCUGGCGGCGGAGCCCGCGCCCGCGGCCGAUUCUGCACAAACAGCAAGUAACAAACUACUGGGAAGCUUCAACCUACAAUCAGUUUUGGAUCCUGAAGUGGAGCAGCUGCAGAGAAGCAGUCCAUUUCUCGGAUGGGAGACGUUUAAGGACUUGUAUAGUUUAAAUUACUAUAAUGAAUAUGUACCUGUAGCAGGCGACUUAAAAAAACUUGUCCACCAAGUAGAGGAAGCUGCUCAGAAGGACAGGGAGGGAACGGGAAAUGCAAAUCCCAUGGAAUCAAGCAGCUACCUUUGGGCCAGGUAUCCCAGAAGAAAACGAGAGUCUCUGGGUUUGGCCGGAAUGUGUUGCAAAUGGGGCUGUACAAAAGCUGAAAUUAGUACUAUAUGCAGAGUUUAA